AUGGCUCACGGACCUUUCUCUAUAUCAGAGUUGGCCACACCGGCAGUCUCCACAUUGAUCGGCUUUCUCGCGUACAGCUCCCAGUACUUUUUUCUGCGGUUUGAGGCAAUACCAUUCCGGAAAAAUGAAAUUUGGACAGUCAACAUCUUUGCUACAUGCAUCUGGAUAUGCUACUAUCGAACAUGUACUGUAGACCCAGGACGAGUCCCUAAAGACUGGGAACCGGCAGACCGUAAGCAACUGGAAGCUGACCGCGUGAGUGGACGGCAACGAUGGUGUCGUAGAUGCGAAGCCUACAAGCCACCACGCGCUCACCAUUGCAGAACAUGCCAGAGAUGUGUUCCCAAAAUGGACCAUCACUGUCCCUGGACAAGAAACUGCGUCUCUCACUCGACGUUCCCACACUUUAUUCGGUUUCUAUUUUAUGCGGUGACUGGAAUGUCAUAUUUGGAGUCGCUCUUGUUGGAAAGGGCGUCGCUAAUCUGGAGGCACAGAGACCUGCCUAGCUACCUAGGCCCAAGUUUAUUCCAAAUGGCCCAUAUUCUCAUUUUAUUUGUGAUAAAUAGCUUGACCGUUUUUGCCCUUUUCAUUCUUUUGGCGAGGAGUCUUUGGACCCUUGGUUCGAAUGUCACCACCAUCGAAUCUUGGGAGAUUGAGAGACACAAAACUCUGCUUCGAAGAGCAAGAUAUUUCGGGGGGUACUUGGAAGGCCCGGGAGGUAUCAAAAUACGAAUCAAGAAGCAGGAAUUUCCGUACGACAUUGGGAUCCUGGCAAACAUCAAGGCGGGUAUGGGUGGAAGUAUAAAUAUCUUGAGCUGGUUUUGGCCACUUGCACAAACCCCUAGCCCUCAGUCAGGCUUGGAUUUUGAAGUGAAUGGGUUCGAAGAAUCAAAUGUGUCAUGGCCCCCGCCAGAUCCGGAUCGCAUUCCGCUGCCGGCUAAAUCAUUCAGAAACGAUGAUGCAUUUACGGACCCCCAGACUUAUAGCUCCGCCUAUGAACAAGUGGAGGCAUUCAACCGUCGCAAGGCCGAAGACUUGAAGCGUCAAAAAGCUGGAAUGGAAGUCCAGCGUCGAAAACGGUUUGGAAAACGACUUAAGGAGGAGAACAAUAGGGACAGUGACUCGGAGGGAACGGAUCCUCGCAGUGAUAACGAAUCCGAUGAUGGCGAAGAGGGAUGGAAGAACUCAGAGGGAGAGCGCCUACGCGACUUUGGGGUGGAUGAGGAUAUCGAGUUCUAUGAUGAGGAAGAUAUACCUCUUGGCAUUCUCAUGCAACAGCGCAGCAAGCGUCAAUGA